AUGUCAUCUAACUCGACAGAAAAAAGAAGCAGCAAUUCUCGAAGCUGUUCUUCUCGAUCCAGACAAAACUCCAGAAUCACUUCACAAGUCCUUGCCGAUGCAAAGCUACACGGAAACUUCGAAGAAUCAGAGCGUUUAUUCGACUACUCAGCUUCAAUUAACUUGAACAUGACGAGCUCAUCUUUCGACAAUCCUUCUUCUUCAGCUGUCUCAACUUACUUACAGAAGAUUCAGAGAGGAAUGUUGAUCCAGCCCUUCGGCUGCUUAAUCGUCGUUGAUGAGAAAACGCUCAAAGUCAUCGCCUUUAGUGAGAACACACAAGAGAUGUUGGGUUUGACUCCCCAUACAGUGCCAAGCUUGGAGCAAAGAGAAGCUCUGAGCAUAGGAACAGAUGUGGAAUCACUCUUUCAGUCUCCAGGCUCUUCUGCGUUGAAGAAAGCUGCCGACUUUGGUGAGAUUAGUAUCUUGAAUCCGAUAACGCUUCAUUGCAAGUCAUCAAGUAAGCCUUUUUAUGCGAUUCUGCAUCGAAUUGAAGAAGGUCUUGUUAUAGAUUUGGAGCCAGUGAGUCCUGAUGAGGUGCCUGUGACUACUGCUGGGGCAUUGAAAUCGUAUAAGCUCGCGGCUAAGUCAAUUUCGAGAUUACAGGCGUUGCCUAGUGGGAAUAUGUCAUUGCUGUGUGAUGCUUUAGUCAAGGAAGUUAGUGAAUUGACCGGUUAUGAUAGGGUUAUGGUGUAUAAGUUCCAUGAAGAUGGGCAUGGAGAAGUGAUUGCUGAAUGCUGUAGCAGAGUAGAUUUGGAGCCUUAUCUAGGGCUGCAUUAUUCAGCUACUGAUAUACCGCAAGCUUCUAGGUUUCUGUUUAUGAGAAACAAGGUUAGGAUGAUUUGUGAUUGUUCAUCAGUGCCGGUUAAAGUAGUUCAGGACAAGAGUCUGUCACAGCCAAUAAGUCUUUCUGGAUCUACUUUGAGAGCUCCUCAUGGGUGUCACGCACAGUAUAUGAGUAAUAUGGGCUCUGUGGCGUCUCUUGUUAUGUCUGUGACAAUCAAUGGGAGUGAUAGUGAUGAGAUGAACAGAGAUUUACAGACGGGGAGAAGCUUAUGGGGCUUAGUGGUCUGUCAUCACGCGAGUCCUAGGUUCGUGCCGUUUCCGUUGAGGUAUGCUUGUGAGUUCUUGACUCAAGUAUUUGGCGUGCAGAUUAACAAAGAAGCUGAAUCAGCUCUUCUGUUGAAAGAGAAGCGUAUUCUGCAUACACAGACUGUGCUAUGUGACAUGCUUUUUCGUAAUGCACCUAUUGGUAUAGUCACUCAAUCUCCUAACAUAAUGGAUCUUGUUAAGUGUGAUGGAGCAGCUCUUUAUUACAGAGAGAAGCUAUGGUCGUUAGGUGUUACUCCCACAGAGACACAGAUUAGAGAUAUAAUUGAUUGGAUUCUCAAAAGUCAUGGAGGAAACACCAGCUUUACCACUGAAAGUCUGAUGGAGUCUGGCUAUCCGGAUGCUUCUGUUCUUGGGGAGUCCAUCUGUGGAAUGGCUGCUGUGUAUAUUACCGAGAAAGAUUUCCUUUUCUGGUUCCGGUCUGGCACUGCGAAACAGAUCAAGUGGGGUGGUGCAAGGCAUGAUCCGAAUGACAGAGACGGUAAAAGGAUGCAUCCUAGAUCCUCAUUCAAGGCUUUCAUGGAAAUAGUCAGGUGGAGAAGUAUGCCAUGGGAUGACAUGGAAAUGGAUGCGAUUAAUUCUCUGCAGCUGAUAAUAAAGGGCUCAUUGCAAGAAGAGCAAUCAAAGACUGUUGUGAAUGUUCCCAGCGUGGAUAAUAGGGUUCAGAAGAUGGAUGAAUUGGGUGUUAUCGUGAACGAAAUGGUGCGCUUGAUCGAUACAGCUGCGGUUCCAAUCUUUGCAGUUGAUGCAUCUGGUGUUAUAAAUGGUUGGAAUUCAAAAGCGGCUGAGGUAACUGGUUUGGCGGUUGAACAAGCAAUAGGCAAACCUGUAUCGGAUCUUGUUGAGGACGAGUCUGCAGAAACCGUGAAGAACAUGCUAGCAUUGGCUCUUGAAGGUAGUGAAGAACGUGGUGCUGAGAUCAGGAUCAGAGCGUUUGGUCCUAAAAGGAAAAGCAGUCCGAUUGUUUUAGUCGUCAACUCUUGCUGUAGCAGAGACGUGACGAACAAUGUUCUUGGUGUGUGCUUCAUUGGACAAGAUGUUACAGGACAGAAGACGCUUAUCGAAAACUACAGCCGCGUGCAUGGAGAUUAUGCCAGAAUCAUGUGGAGCCCUUCAACACUAAUCCCACCGAUUUUCAUGAGCAAUGAGAAUGGGUACUGCUCAGAGUGGAACGACGCAAUGCAGAAGCUCUCUGGGAUAAAGAGAGAAGACGCUGUGGAGAAAAUGCUUCUCGGGGAGGUUUUCACCUCGAAUGAUUAUGGUUGCCGCCUUAAAGACGAUGACACGUUAACUAAGCUGAGAAUAGCGUUGAAUGCUGUGAGUUCUGGCCAGAAUAACGUAGAGAAGCUGUUCUUUGGCUUCUACCAUCGUGACGGUAGCUUCAUCGAGGCACUGCUCUCUGCCAACAAGAAGACUGAUAUAGAGGGAAAGGUUACUGGGGUUUUAUGCUUUUUGCAAGUACCUAGUCCAGAGCUCCAAUAUGCUCUACAGGUCCAGCAGAUAUCAGAGCAGGCAACGGCCUGCGCCGUCAACAAAUUGGCAUAUCUCCGCCAAGAAGUAAAGAGCCCUGAAAAGGCAAUUUCCUUCCUUCAAGAUUUGCUACAUUCAUCUGGACUAAGUGAAGAGCAAACGCGGCUCCUGAGGACAAGCGUUUUGUGCAGGGAGCAGUUAGCCAAAGUCAUAAGCGACUCAGACAUAGAGGGAAUCGAAGAAGGCUACGUGCAAAUGGGUUGCAGUGAAUUCAACCUGGAGGAAUCAUUGGAAGCAGUUGUGAAACAAGUGAUGGAGCUGAGCAUAGAACGUAAAGUGCAGAUCAUAUGCGAUUAUCCUCAAGAAGUUUCAUCAAUGAGACUGUAUGGAGAUUCACUAAGGCUUCAGCAAAUCCUCUCAGAGACACUCUCAAGCAGCCUACGCUUCACACCUGCAUUGAAGGGACUUUGCGUCUCACUCAAGGUGAUCGCGCGGAUAGAAGCUGUAGGGAAAAGAAUGAAGAGAGUCGAGCUAGAGUUCAGGAUAAUACAUCCAGCGCCGGGACUGCCUGAGGAUCUGGUAAGAGAGAUGUUUCAGCCUUUGAGGAAAGGAACAUCAAGGGAAGGUUUGGGACUACACAUCACACAGAAGCUGGUGAAACUCAUGGAGAGCGGAACGUUGAGAUACUUGAGAGAGUCUGAAAUGUCAGCCUUUGUGAUCCUCACAGAAUUUCCCUUGAUCUGA